ACCGCGUACGUGCACACCGCCGCGAGCGCUAUUUCUCUUUUUUAGCGACACUUCGUCACCUAUGGCGGAUUUAUUGUCCUGUCUAGGAUGCUACCCGUAAAGCCGGGCAGCCCCGCGCCGGACGGCAGCUCCAUGGACUCUAAGUCGAUCGCCGGCAUCCCGCGCGUGGCGCCCACCACCAAGUUCAACGCGCCCGUGCACAUCGACGUCGGCGGCACAAUCUACACCUCCUCGUUGGAGACCCUCACCGCCUACCCCGAAUCGAGGCUCGGGAAGAUGUUCAACGGAUGCAUCCCCAUAGUCCUGGACACGUUGAAGCAGCACUACUUCAUCGACCGCGACGGCGGCAUGUUCCGGCACAUCCUCAACUUCCUGCGCAACAAGAAGCUGUUGCUGCCGGAUGACUUCCCCAACUUGGAUUUGCUGCUACACGAAGCAUUGUACUUUGAGCUGGACCAUAUGGUGUUCGUCCUAACGAAGAUGAAGAACAACAAAGAGGGCGUGAAGCAGGACCGCGUGUGGCUGAGCGAGGCCACCGAGCGGCUCAAGCAGGAGUCGGAGCUGCUCACGCAGGAGCGUGAGCGCCUGCAGCAGCGGUGGUCGUGAACUGAGGUAACUGCCGCUGUUUCUUACAUAACAACAAAGAGGGCGUGAAGCAGGACCGCGUGUGGCUGAGCGAGGCCACCGAGCGGCCUAAGCAGGAGUCAGAGCUGCUCAUGCAGGAGCGUGAGCGCCUGCAGCAGCGGUGGUCGUGAACUGAGAUAAGUGCCGCUGUUUCUUACAUAACAACAAAGAGGGCGUGUAGCAGGACCGCGUGUGGCUGAGCGAGGCCACCGAGCGGCCCAAGCAGGAGUCGGAGCUGCUCACGCAGGAGCGUGAGCGCCUGCAGCAGCGGUGGUCGUGAACUGAGGUAACUGCCGCUGUUUCUUACAUAACAACAAAGUGGGCGUGAAGCAGGACCGCGUGUGGCUGAGCGAGGCCACCGAGCGGCUCAAGCAGGAGUCGGAGCUGCUCACGCAGGAGCGUAGCGCCUGCAGCAGCGGUGGUCGUGAACUGAGGUAACUGCCGCUGUUUCUUACAUAACAACAAAGAGGGCGUGAAGCAGGACCGCGUGUGGCUGAGCGAGGCCACCGAGCGGCUCAAGCAGGAGUCGGAGCUGCUCACGCAGGAGCGUGAGCGCCUGCAGCAGCGGUGGUCGUGAACUGAGGUUAGCUGUACAGAUGCUGAAAUAAAAAAGCGACGCACUACGUAAACGUUAUUUGUUUGAAAAGUCAUUGUUUUUAUUUCAAUUUUGAGUAGUUUAUGAAUGAGUUAACUAUAGUAU